GCAUUUUCACUGAAAUGGUCAAUUUUAGCAAAAUUUUAUUUAUUAGGCGUAUUCAAGAGGGACUUCCAUCGAUGAUUUUGGCACAGGGUUGGAUAUUUUGAACUGUUUCCUUUUCAAGAUAGAAUGUUUUCAAUUAAGGUAAAUAUUAUUCCAAAAAUACAUCCAUCAUUGCAGCCCGCCUGUUCUCAAUUAUGGCGAACUGCAAAAAAGCAUGAAACUUUCUUCUAAACAUACUAAACUAAAACUAUACUAAGUAAAAACUCAGUUUGUUUACCUAAUACACUUUAGAAAAGCACCACUAUUCUAUGAUAUGUCGUAUUUUUUGGGUCAUACUGUAGAACAGCAAACUCAGCAAAUUAGAAGGACUCACAAAGUUUUGCUCAUGAAUUUAACCUACCAGCAAGGAAUGUAUAAGUGGGUUAUGUCACGUGACUGCUUCAGCGUUAAAUACAUUAUUAUUUUGUAUAUUGUGGCAAAAUGUGACGCAGGAAACGGGGAAAAGAGAUCGUCUAGCUUAAGCGUACACCUGAUAAAAGCUAGAAAGCUGCGACUCUGUUUCGUCCGAAGAUUGUAAAAGAUGUGGUACAGCUUAUCACGACUUAUCGAAGGUCGAUUAGAUUACAGUAUUCGUGUACCAGUUAAAUUUUCGGAAAUAAUUACCGGGCCCCAGUACUUCGUAGAUCGUUCGCAAAGAUGGGUAAAAUUUUCCAGCUGUUAGCCUCCAUAUGGUUGAUAAACUACGCGCACGCUAAACUCCCCGAGGUCAUAGAUUGCUUCAGCUCAUUAGUGGACACCUGGGAGCUUCGACCUCAUCCCGCGGAUUGCAACGCGUAUAUUUCCUGCAUGAACAACAUUGGCGUUGUGUUUCGGUGUCCUGAAGGUCUGUUCUACGAUGCAUUUAGGGUAAUUUGUGAUGUACCGGAAAAGGUGUCCUGCAUGGCACCUCCUACGACAAUUACCACCACCACGACUGAGGAUGAUACUACGCCAGCUCCGGUGGAACCAGCUAAUCCGUGUAAUUCGCUUUCUGAAGAGGGAGGAGAGGUGCCCCACUCCAAGCAAUGUGGGUGGUUCGUCAACUGUGUUGAUCAAAGCGAGGGGUUGACUUCGUUCUGUCCAGAAAACCUCCACUUUAAUGCUUUGAUGCAAGUUUGUGAUAUUCCCGAAAGAGCCCAAUGUUUGCUGAAAGUUUGUAAUGAUCAACCGGAUGGAUUACUGGCCAGUAAAAACAGUUGUAAACAAUACAUCGAGUGUCAAUCGUCGAAAGCAACUCUACGGUCCUGCCGAGAGAGUGAAGUGUUUGAUGAGCCCACGAAAAUGUGUGUACCCGAAGACGAUGCGAACCGUUGCCAGCCCCAGUUGAUUCCUCCGGUUCCACUGGAGGUGCGAAACGCGUGCACUACAGAAGUGCGAUCUCAAAUGAUAGGACAUCCGGAGUACUGUGAUGUGUACUACCGGUGCAUAAAAGGAGGGCUUUCUGUUCGGAAGUGCCAAAGUGGGCUGUACUUCGAUCAGGAUAAAAGCGUUUGCGUGUUGAUGGGAGAGCAUGAAUGUUUUAUUUUUGGUGAUAAUGCAGAUAGUUUAGUAGAAUGAUCGAAUUUAGAAUAUCAUAGGGUACAUAAUUCUUUGUCGUAAACUUAAAUCAAUAAGUCUGUAUUAUGAUUUUUUUAAAUAAAUCAUGACAUAAAAAAUGUCGAAAGUCUUUUAAUAAAGAUUUAGUAACGA